CACCCCCACCCCCCUACCUCUGCCUCUCUUCUUCCACACCGCCGGGGAGCCCUCCACGCCGCGCGCCAUGGCCGAGAUCGGGAAAGGGGUCACCGCCGGGAAGCUGGCCAUCAGCGUCCAGAAGAGGCUCACCAGAGCGCAGGAGAAGGUCAUGCAGAAGCUCGGCAAAGCGGACGAGACCCGAGACGCCGCCUUCGAGGAGAUGGUGGCCAACUUCAACAAGCAGAUGACAGAAGGCAGCAAACUGCAGAAAGACAUGAAGGCCUACCUGGUAGCAGUGAAAACCAUGCACGACGCCUCCCGCCGGCUGCAGGACUGUCUGGCCGACAUGUACGAGCCGGACUGGUUCGGCAAAGAGGAGAUGGACGCGCUGACGGAGGAGAUGAUAGAGAAGGAGAUGGACAAUAACUUGGAGGACACAGACACUCUGUGGUUAGACUACCACCAGAACAUCACCGACAAAUCCCUGACCUCUCUGGACUUGUACCUGACCCAGUUCCCGGAUAUUAAGGCUCGCAUAGCCAAGCGCGACAGGAAGAUGGUGGACUUCGACAGCGCCCGGCAUCACUUCAGCUCCUUACAAAAAGGGAAGAAGAAGGACGAGGCCAAGAUCGCCAAGCCAGCAGCCCUGUUGGAGAUGGCGGCUCCCAGCUGGGCUCAUGGUUUGAUAUCAGCCCACCAGGUGGCUCAGACUAACCUCUCCUUCAACCAGGCCGAGGAGGAGCUGGGUCGAGCUCAGAAGAUCUUCGAGGAGCUGAACGUGGAGUUACAAGACGAGCUUCCAGCACUCUGGGAUAAUCGUGUUGGCGUCUACGUUAACACAUUCCAGGGCCUGGCGGGUCAUCAGGAGAAGUUCCAUGGGGAAAUGAGCAAGCUCAGCCAGAACCUGAACGACAUCAUGACCAAACUGGAGGAGCAGCGGGAGGAGAAUGAGGAAACCAACCACAGUGACUCAGCCAGCUCAGCACCAAAGGUGGUGCAGAGGCCCGGUCCUCCUCCCGGUCGGCCUCCGCCCCGCGUGGUGCCGUCUCCGGACCAGAGGCAGCAGCGGGUGGACCCGGUAGUGGACCCGGUAGUGGACCCGGUAGUGGACCCGGUCGUGGACUCGGUGUCUGAUGCUCACACGGACUCGACGCAGCAGCAGGCGCCAUCAUGGGACUCAUGGCGAGAACAGGCCGCCGCGGAGCCCCACAACGAAGAGGAGCGACACCCGAAGGAGGCCCAAGGGGGCUGGGAUCCUGAAGAAAGCAACACCCGGUCCGAGGCUGCUCCGGGUCAGGAGGGCGGAGUCGCUCCGUCGUACAGCGAGCCCAGCUGGGACGACGAUGGCGCCCAAGUGGGAGGUGGCUGGGGGAAUGAAGGAGAGGCCCAGAGUGCGGUGACCAACGGCUCGGAUGGAGAUCUCCCUCCAGGAUUCCUCUACAAGGUGAAAGCGGUGCACGAGUACGCGGCCACCGAUGGCGACGAGCUGGAGCUGAAUAUCGGAGAUGACGUGCUGGUUUUGGCCUUCGACAACCCAGAUGAACAGGACGACGGCUGGCUCUUGGGGGUGCAGGAGUCUCACUGGCUGCAGAAGAAAGAUAUUUCAGUCAAAGGCGUUUUCCCUGAGAACUUCACUCAGAAGGUUUAAAGGUUUCGUGCCACUAAAAGAAUGAUUUCUCCCCUUUCAGUGCCCCGAACUCCUCAAACGUAGCUUGUGACUGUAAAAGCGCCGCUGGAUUCGUCACUCGAUGUGAACGCAUCAGGAAACGAAUGAUCCGUUUGUGCCACUUACACAUUCACACAAACCAAAUUGAACGUUGUUUCGUAGUAAAAUAAAAAAGAGGAUUAAGUUUCACCCCGACCCAAAAUGUAAGGCUUAUUAAUUUGGUUUUGAUUUCUUAUUCCUGAUUAUUUAUAUAACACAAAUUUGUUGGUUGAAAUUCAAAAAGGAUUAAUAAGUUGUGGAUGUGUUGUAUGAAUGUCAACAGUUCCUUGCAUGAAGCAUUUGAUUGUCUUGGUGGCGUCGCUCCAUCAGGUGUCCUAGAACAAAGCCCUGGGGAACUCCGCCCAUAUAAACAGGAGGGUCGCCAUCUAUUCGUUUGUUGGGCUUGUUAUCAAAGGGAACACUAGUUUUUAUUUUACUGGCUAUUUUGAGGACAUGACUAAAUGUGUGGCUUACAUUUUCUAAUGCACAUACGCUUUUAUUUUGGUUUUGAGUCAUAUUUUCAUCGAUGGGUGAAACUUUCAUACUUUGAGACUCUUUUCAGACCUUUUUCCACGUGAACUUGACUCUGUGCUCCCCGCUGAGACGAUAACACUGCAUCACCACUGUGCACACACAUCUUCUCUCGAAAUCAGUCUGCACCUUAUUAAACUAAGUUGAACCCAUGCAAACUGUAUUUUUAUAUUGUGUGGAGUUGAUGAAUAAGAUGAUAAUUAAUGCACCAUCUGUUGGAGUCAGUGUCAUUAAAGAUGAAUGAAACAA